GAGAAGCAGAGACAGAGGAGAGAGAAAAACAGAGUAAAACUUCCCUCACCUCCUUUUCCACUAUAAAUUCCUACCCUCACCCACUUCUUUCUUCAUCUUUAACUCCCUUCUCUCUCCUCCACAACCCAGCUAUCUUCAAUUCCGACCAAAACCCAUUUCAUUUUGUUGUGUUUUCACCUCAAUUCAACUUCAAAGUUGCAACCUUUUUGGCCAUUUAUUCAUACCCAGAACUCACUGUUUGCUCUACUCUGUUUUUUUCCCCUGUUUUUUUGGAACUUGGUCGAAAUAAUGUCGUCCAGUAUCUAUCAAGGGUUACAAUCAUGUCUUAUAGAACCACGUGUUUUAAGUCUCAAAUUAACUCCCUCUCUGAAUUCUUCCCGGCUGCCGGCGGUGGAAGAAGAUUCUGAUCUCUCUGCUGAAACCCAUAUGGAAAUGGGGGAGAAUUACGCCGGCGAAGGAGAUUCUCCGGCCGACGAUGGGGAAGCAGCGAGUGGCGGCGGGAAUGGUGUUGGUGGGUGGAGUUUUCUCCAAGCUCUGUCUGAUGUGUAUGUUCCUCCUCCGACGAAGGAAUAUUCUCCGGCGGUGGCACUCACCGGGAAGAGCCUCGAUAUCUGUACCGAGAGCUUGGGCAGCGAGACCGGGAGCGACGGCAGCGAGAUUGGCGGUGAUGAGAAAAUCUCUCUGUUUUUGUCUAAUGAAAUAGAGAUGUCUCCGCUGUUUGCCUCCGGUGGAAAUCUGCCACGAUCGUCGAGGCUCCGAUCAAGAAAACUAGCCAAGCCCAGCUACCCGCCACCAUUGACGUCGCGGAGCGGGCCAAUGGGUGUGAAAGUGAGGCCUUACCGGGAAGGCGGGCGGCUGGUUCUGCAAGCGGUGGUGAUUUCAUCCACGAAGCCGUGUUUCGAGGUGGAGCGCGGCGGGGGAAGGCUGAGGUUGAGAUUGUUGAAGCAUUGUUUAGAAGAAGAGGAGGAAGAGCAAGUGGAAGAGGGAGCAGAAAGGGAGGAGGAUAGUAAUGAGAGCGGCGGAAGGCGGCGGAAGGGUCGGCGGUGCAAGGAAGGUGGCGGAGGAAGGAAGGAAUUAGUGAAUUGGGAGCCAUUUUUGGUGUCCACUUGAACAACCUCACUCCAUUUCUUCCCUUAUGUCUAUGAUAGAUUUUGUACGUUUGAUUUUGCAAUAUGGUAAUGACAGUUAUUAUGGUUACUCUCUCUCACAUAAA